UUGAAGAAAUUAAGGUUCAAAUAUACAUGAAAAAUAAUUUGACUUGAAAAUAUGUUUUUUAAUCAGUGUUUUAGGAAUUGAAUCAAUGUUUUUGGAUACUGGGCUUGGGCUGAGCGUUUAAAAUAAGCCCAGCAGCAUUUAGCUGCCCGAAUUACUUGGGAGUGUGACACUAUCCGGCUAACAGCCCACUCUCAACUAAACAACACCCAGUGCGCAAUACGCACCCCCCUCAAACUCCAGUUCCCGCGCCAAAACUCCUCUGCUCCAACAGCUCUAACAAACUAACAACCACCGGCUUCCACAUCACGCCUUCCUCGCACUCUCUCUCUCUCUCUCUCUCUCUCUCCCUCUUCAUUUUCAAACCCCAAGAAAACUCCCUCCAAAGAAAGCUCCAAGAAGCCAUGGCGGCGUGCUUCUUUCUCUCCCUUGCCGCCAUCCUCUUCACCCUCUCUCUCCUCCCCGGAAGCACCUCGCUUUCCACCACCGUCGGUGCCACCUACUCCGCCAGCACCGCCGCAACCUACGCCGCCCCUCCCGCCGUCGACCGCGUUGCCCACGCCGUCUCCUCCCUCGGCCUCUCCGCGCUACGACUAGACGCCUCCGACCCCGCCAUGGUCCGCGCCUUCCUCUACUCCAACACCUCCCUCCUCCUCACCAUCCCCAACAAGCUCGUCCCGCCCCUCGCCGCAAACCGCUCCAACGCCCUCCGCUGGCUCUACAUCCACGUCAUCCCCUUCUACCCCCGCACCAAAAUUUCCACCAUCUCCGUCGGCAACGACCUCCUCGAGUCCUCUCCGAACUUCUCCACCUUCCUUCUUCCCGCCAUCCGCAACGUUCAACUCUCCCUCAAAGACCUCGGCAUCCAAAAGAUCUCCGUCUCGACCACCUUCUCCUUCAUCAACGUCAUCACCACGGCGUUCCCGCCUUCCAAUGCCCAGUUCCAAGAACCGGCCGUUGACACCGUCAUCAGGCCCCUCCUCCAGUUCCUCCAUGACACCAAUUCCUCGUUCUUGAUCAAUCUCUACCCCUACAAUCUGUACAAGAUGCGCAGCGAGAUACCGAUCGGGUUUCCCCUGUUUCAGGAGCACCCAUUCGGAUUCCGAGACGACCUCACCACCGGCGUCCGGUACCGGAACCUCUUCGACAUGAUGGUCGACGCCGUCAUCAGCGCCAUGGCUGUCGCAGGAUACGAGAACAUUCCGGUGAUCGUGACCGAGACUGGGUGGCCCAGCUUCAGCACCGACCCGGCCGAAAUCGACGCCAACCCGGUUUACGCCGAGAUGUACAUCAAGGGGCUUUUGUGUCAUUUGAGGUCCGGAAAGGGAACGCCGCUGAGGAGAGAAGGGGUUUCCGAGACGUACAUUUACGAGCUGCUCGACAAGCAAGUGAAGCAGGGGCGCAAUUGGGGGAUUCUUUACCCAAAUUUGACCAGCAAGUACAAGGAGAUUCAGUAUUCUGGGUCGGAUUGCGGAGGUUUCUUUGAUAUCUUGAUCAUGGCGGUUGGGCAACUCUUGGUGUUUGCAUUACUUGCCUGGUAAUGUUGCUUUUCCGAUUCAGUUGCUUAAUUUCAUUACUGGGUAGCUCGAUUUGUUGAUUCUUGGAGGGUUCUUAGAGAUCUUUGAUCCGCACAGUCGACUGUGAAUUGGGUUCAAUUACUUGCUUUGAUUAGUAGGUGACUAGCACAGCUUUCGAUUCAUGGAGGUGCUGUUGCUAAUUACUUAAUUGGGUAUAUGAAGAAACUGUUGUUGAUUACUUAACUGGUAAUUUUGAUUCUUAGAUGGUCCUGGGGAUUCAAUUUGUUCAGUUUGGAUUGCUGCUCAAAGGAAUUCCUGUUUUUGUACUCUGUUUUUAGGGUAUUUUGUAUACGAAAUGGUGGUUGUGAUAAAGCCAAUUGCACCACUAGUCUUCUUGUGAUGAACAGAGUUUAGUGGAUGUUUUUGCAGAGAAAAUCG